CUUUCUCUAAGCUUUCCUCUCCUCUUCUUUUCUCUCUCUAAGCUCUUCCUGUUAUUUUUUUUUAAUUGAUGUACUUCUCCACUUCUUCGUAUAAGCCUUCACCAAAAAGUUCCACAUUUAAACUCUUUAUUUGCUCAAAAACAAAAACAAAACAAAACAAAAACUAAAAGAAGAAGAGAUCAUCAAAGAAGAAAGAUCAAAAAUGGUUUUUUCUUCAUUUCCCACUUAUCCUGAUUCAUCAAAUUGGCAACAACAACAUCAACCAAUGACAACCACCGUUGGAUUCACGGGAAACAACAUCAGCCAGCAAUUUCUCCCUCACCAUCCCCUCCCACCGCAAUCGCAACAAACGCCUCCACCGCUUCACCACAACGGUAGCGGUGAGAGCGGUGGUGGUCCCGACGGAUUAAUCCGGCCAGGUUCGAUGGCCGAAAGAGCAAGGCUAGCCAACAUACAACUACCUGAAACAUCCUUAAAAUGUCCACGGUGUGACUCAACCAACACCAAAUUCUGUUACUUCAACAACUACAGUCUCACUCAACCUCGCCACUUCUGCAAAUCUUGCCGCCGUUACUGGACAUGUGGCGGUGCUCUAAGGAGCGUUCCUGCUGGUGGUGGUUGCCGUAGAAACAAAAGAACCAAAAAUAGCGGCUGUGGUGGUGGCGGCGGUAGCAGCAGUAGCGGUAAUAGUAAGUCACAAGACAGCACCACAAGCAACGACCAAUACCACCACCGUGCCGUUGCUAAUAAUCAGAUGGGACCGACGUCUUCAACAACUUCUUCAACAACUUCUCUGAGCUCGUUGUUAUCUUCUUACAACGCCGGACUAAUCCCCGGACAUGAUCAUAGCAACAACGUACUUGGACUUGGAUCAUCAUAUUUGCCACCUCUCAAGCUCAUGCCUCCCUUAGACUUCACUGACAACUCCAGCUUACAAUACCGUGCGGUCUCGGUUCCUUCUUAUCAUAUAGGCGGAGGAGGAGAGGCGUCGGCUCUUUUGACCGGUUUUGACCAGUGGAGAUUCCCGAUAACAAAUCAGCAACCUCCUUUGCUAGGUGGUUUAGACACUUCUUCCUCGUCCGGGUUUCACCAGUUUGAUCAUCACAGUCAAACGGGUAUGCACCAGCAGAAUUCGGGUCAGUACCGACCUAAAAACAUCUUCCAUAACCUCGUUUCCUCUUCAGCUAUGGUUACAGCUACCCCGUCGCAAUUAGCUUCAGUGAAAAUGGAAGAUAGUAACAUUCAACUCAGCAUGUCUAGACAACUUUUUGGAAACGAACAACAUCUUUGGAAUAUUCACGAGGCUGCAACAUCAACCGCAGCCGCAGCUGCAGCAACUAGUUCUUGGAGUGAUGCCUCUAAUAAUUUCAGUUCCUCUUCUGCUAGCAAUAUAUAAUCAGCCAUCGCUCUGUCAAAUCUAUUACACUUUGUUAAUUUCUUAAUAGGUGUUGUAUGAUCUUAUGUACUUAGAUGGGAGUUACUACAUAGAUCGAUCUUGUAGGUUUUUGUUU